AUGAAUACAUCCAAUCCUCCAGCAUACUCCCCUUCGGAAGAUUUUACUGAUCUCCCGGAGAAGGCCGAGGCUCCCAUACUUCUUCCACAUGAAGAUGAGCCUGGAUUUGCAGCUGCAUCAUCUCUCAGCAGAGGUCUGCAGGUACCAUCUCGCACCCGCAACUGCACAUCAGGGUUCGAGUACCCAGAAGAAUUAUCCCACUAUGGCGUCUCACAAGACAACUGGGCAGAUUUCACCCAAGUUGUCUGCGAAGAAGCCAAGCUAUCACGCCAGCAAUGGACCACUGUGAUCGGGAAAGGUCUUGGGACCUUCGCAGUCGGCGGGCUAAUGAUCGGUCUAUUCGGUGCCGUGCCGGCCAUUUUCGUGGCCCGAAAUGCUAGACGUCGACAAGAACAAAGAAAUCUGAUCUAUGCCCUGGCCGGGGCCCAGGGAGAGCGCCUAUCCCGUCACAUUUCUUCCUGGAAUGAGACUUUCUUCAGACAAAAAGGUAUUCUAAUCCGUGUUGAUUUGCCGGAUGAAUACCUCAACGAUGUGCAAAAUAUGAACAUUCAUACCAGCGCAAGCUCGUUGCAGUCUAGUUCCAAAGUGCGGGACAAGGCGGGUCUCAAGGCAAGGAUUGUGAUCAUUCCUUUGGACAGGCCAGAGUCUGGUCUUUCAAGUCAAGAUGCUCGGAGUUGA